AUGACUGGCAUAAUUUUUGCCGUUUCAUUUGGUCUCAAUUUUUUGUUAUUCAGUGCUUGUGAAGGUAAGGACUAUAUAUAUAUAUAUAGUCUAUAUAUUUUAAACUAUAGACAGAACAGUUAUUUUUCUCAUGUAUUAUAAAGUUGUCACCGUUCUUUGUUUAUAUAUACACAUAAACUUCCAUACAACUUGAUAAUUAUUUCAGCAGAUGCUUUUGAUGUUACUCUGAGUGUAUAUCCACACCGGGCAAGCUUAAAAAAUAUGCCUGGACACGGUGGGAAUCGAACCAACGACCUUUGGAAUACCAGCCCAAUGCUCUGUCAACUGAGCUAACCGACCUGACCGCGUAGAGCAUUGGCUGGUAUACCAAAGGUCGUUGAUUCGAUUCCCACCAUGGCCAGGCAUAUUUUUAAAGCUUGCCCGGUGUGGAUAUAGGCCUACACUCAGAGUAACAUCACAAGCACCAUAUUCACCUGAGUAUACAUAAUACAAGCACAGAAAAAAUCAUGAUAGCUAACUAGAUUACAUUGAUAUCGAAGGAACCAGACUCGGUUCCAAAAUAUCACAUACUCGAACCGAUCUGACCGCGUAGCUCAGCUGACAGAGCAUUGGACUGGUAUUCCAAAGGUCGUUGGUUCGAUUCCCACCGUGGCCAGGCAUAUUUUUCAAGCUUGUCUGGUGUGGAUAUACACGCAGAGUAACAUCACAAGCAUCAUAUUCACCUGAGUACAUGAUACAUACUAACACAGAAAAAAAUCAUGAUUAUAGAUUACAUUGAUAUCGAAGGAACUAGACUCGGUCCGAAAUAUCACAUACUCGAACCGACCUGACCGCGUAGCUCAGUUGCAUGGCAGAGCAUUGGGCUGAUUUUCCAAAGGUCGUUCGUUCGAUUCCCACCGUGGCCAGGGAAAUUUUUUCAAGCUUGCCCGGUGUGGAUACUCAGAGUAACAUCACAAGCAUCAUAUUCACCUUAGUACAUAAUACCAACACAGAAAAAAUAUUUCAGCAUAUUUAUAGAGAAAAUAGACAUUUGUGUGUAUUUUCCACGUUUAUGAAUCUUUAAUAUAUGAAUUUAUAGUCCUAUAAUAUACCAGAGAUUCAUAAAUGUGGAAAACACUACAAUUAGGGGAACAUUAUUUAUUUAAAAUAUUGCUCUUGUCCAAAGUCAAGUGACUGAGUAGGCCGCAGUUAACUCGUCAAACAGGGUUCAAAAAUAAAAUAUAACUGAAUAUACAUGACAUUAUUUUGUCGAUGCAAUUUUUCUUCUUUUUAUUCUUCCCAGGGGUGGAGGCAAAUAGUCCGCAUAUGUCACCAGGACUAGCAGGAAAUCGAUUAAUGACAUUUCUCCCCCAAGAAAGACUGCAGAACUUAUUAUAAAAAAAUUGCAUCACCAAAAUUGUAAACUGCUAUAAUGGGUCAUUCCAGAAUACAUCCACGAUUCCAACGUGAUGGAUGUUGGGAGUUGGUAUAUUUCACCAUUUCUCCCUUGUAUAGGUCAAAUCUCCCUCCCGCCAGGUGGCAGCACCUUUGUUGUUCUCCCUGGAGAAAAUGUGAAAAUAGCGUGGAAACUUGGUGUCAGUAUAUCUCGCGUAGAUUUUCGAGCGUGGACAUUCCUUCCAAAGAACAACGGCACUUUCGCUGAUAUCACUGGAGACGGAGCUGUGGUUAAAAAGCCCCAAUAUUCACCUGGGCCGAUUACGAUAACAAAGCCUUCAACGGUGCUUUUAAAGAACGUUACUAUCCAGUACAAUGGAACAUACAUAUUUCUAAUUGUUGUUGCAAGUGUUCAAGUCUAUGCGUCUGAAGUUACUGUGUUUGUUGCGGGCAAGUGUCUGUUGUUUAAUAUCCUGUAUCUUUUUACCCUAUUUGUCGCGAAAAGAUUUUGCACAGUGCCACAGUUCUUUAUCUUAUUUUUAGCUAACAACAAAUUUCUUUAUCCUUGAUUGGUUCAGAUAAGUACAAUAUACAUUUCCAUACGAAGUGUAUGGAUUAUGUUUUGAUUGACUUUUGCAAAACGGAAAGGUCAAUUAUAUGCGUAUAUUGUUGAAGAGCUUUGAAGAUGGAAAUUUCAUAUACAAAACGUCAAAAUAAAACAUGGAAAUACAUUACAAAGUAGAAAUCCAAGUUAAAAUGGUGGCCAAAAAUAAAUCAUGAACAGCGGUGUAGAAAUUAAAAUUUUCUUACUGAUUCCGACAAUAAGUACAAUUGAUAGAACACACGAGAGGAGGGCGCUGCAGCUACUUAAAAAUCGAGGACCGGAGACCAUGUCCCCCCGCGUUGACAUAAAUUUUGAGGACGGAAAAAAUUUGUCUGGCAAGGGGCUAUAUUAUAGUCCAAAUUUUAAUCGAAAAUUAUCUCAAUUAAAAUCCUUUCAGUUAGAGCCCAAAACACUAAAAUUAAUUAAAUUAUGUUUGGUGAAUGCAAGUAGUAAAAACGCAUUUCGAAAAACCUACAUUAUAUGGCUUCAUUAUAUUUCAGUUGCGCCAACUGUGACCAUCAAUUGUUCCAGCAUCGUCACAGUAAAUGAAGGUGAUGACUUCACAUGUGUAUGUAGAGGUGAAGGUGGAAACCCUCCAGCCAAUGUAACUUGGUAUGAUAAAGAUGGCGUCCAGAUUGGUGGAACAGGAAAAGAAGAACAAACAUUAACUCUCAGGAAUGUUGAUGGAACAGACACUGGAGCAUACAAGUGUGUAGCCGAAAGCCACACUCUUGCGGAGGAAAAAUUAGUCGAAGUAGUAAAAGUAAGACUUGAUUGUAAGUAUUGUUGUAAACUGAUAUAUGCGUGUUUGCAUGUAAAUAUUUAAACUUAUGCAUGGCGUGUGCACAUGCCACAUAUGUAAAUUUAGAAACUGUAUAAAAAGGACAUGCAUGUGUUUGAACUGGUUCUGCGUAUAUUUUGAAGUGAGCAAUAUAUAAUAACAACCUUGUGUCCUGCAAGUUGUUGUCUCGCUUCAAAUGAGUGAGUAAAAUUUUCCAUGUGUUGCAUGCAUGCAAGUUUCAUGCAUAUUAUCAAUAAGUAACACGCAGUAACGUUUCUCUUGCAAUUUGGAUCGUCUUUGAAAAACUCACUCUUGCAUGUUCAUUUUUUCAAAUGGAACUCAAAACCAUUACCUGUAUUUAAUAAUACCAUGCAUUAUAUUGCCGAAACCAUAUUUUAUUAUAUUCUAUUUUGUUUUCUACAGACCCACCAGAUCUGCCAUACUUUAAGGAAAAAGCGGUUGUUGGUAAAACUUUUGCCAUAACAUGUGAAUCCAAUGGUCAUCCUCCACCAAGUUAUACCAUAAUCCAUAAUGAUACCAAGGUCGUCAGUAAUGACAGGACGUAUACCAUAGAUGUUGUGCAAUACAGUGAUGCUGGAUUAUAUAAAUGUAUUGCCGAGAAUAAACUUGGAAAUAGUUCAACGAUAUAUUAUUUGUCUAUCCUAGGUAUAAUAUUCAAUAUUUUCAGAUACAAAACCUGUCGUUUAACUGUCUAUACAAAUAUUAGUUAUUAUACAUUGUCUUCUGCAUGUAUUCGCUUCAAAAUUUCGACUGUAAUGAAAGUGAAAGUAUAAUAACAUGAAGUCAUUAUGUUUAGAUCAAUUAAUAAAUCCGACAACUGGUAUUACCACUCAAAAUUUCCCAACUACCGAGAAUUCUAGAUCAGGUAAGAUGUAUACUUGUUCAGAGGUUAUAUACACUUUGUGAAAGCAAGUUGAACUAUAUAUUUAUUGACGUAAACUAUCUUUCUGAAACAAUAGCCCCCCCCCCCACCCCCACCUGACCUGAGCAAACUUAGUGUUAUUUUGUUGCAUGGUGUAGAUAUUGCAGGGGUGGGGGAUCCUUGUUUUACCACUGCAUUCAGCGUCAUUAUACAUGAAAUCUAUGGGAGAAACAUGAACAGCUUGUUCUGUAAUCCGAGACCACUACUGAUCGGUUUAUGAAUUCUUUUAUUGUUAGUAAUUGUAAAUAUUUUUAAUGGCAUUAGGUUUCUUAAAUUUUUAUAAUUGUAAAGUUUUAACGCAAUUCAGCCAUUAUCAGCUGUAAAGUCUUUUAAAACUGAAUAAAUCAUCUAUUUAAACAACUCGAAAAUCAUAGCGGAUUGCAUGUAAUUCUUUAAUCCCUGUUUAAAGUUUCUAUGGCGUUGGGUUCAUAAUUUUAAAUAUUUCUGUUUAAUCAACACAGCUGCCAACAAAGAGGAUGAUGGGACGACUGUUGCAGUAUGGCAUAUUGUUGUAUCUUUGGCGUCCGGGAUUAUCAUUGGAAUUCUUCCUUCCUACAUUGUCUUAUGUUCUCGUCGAAAAUUUAGAAGUAGGAAACCUCAGUCAAACCCUGAACCAAAGACAACUGAAGCUGAUACAACUUAUCAAGAGCUUGAUCUUCCAAAAAUGAACACAGAAGAUAAUUAUCAGUCAUUGAGAGUGAAUGCUGCAAGUUAUAAUGCUGGAAAUGGAGCUGGAAAUGACGAUGACUCUACUUAUACUGAUUUGAACAAAACCAGAGAUGUGGAAGACAACUACCAAUCUUUAACUUGA